GCGUUCUCAUUCGCAUCGCAAGUGUUUGCUAAAUUUUAUUAAUUUUAAUUAAUCUCCUCCUCAAAUCGUGGUGCAAUUUUCCUGCAGUGCAGUUAAUAAGAUGAGCUUCGCUGGUACGAAGAGUGUUGUGGAGGAAAAUGACACGGUCAUCCUGUAUUUAUCGAUAAAUAACAUGCACGCAGUUCAAGUGACGGCAAAAUUAACAAACAAGGAUGGGAAACUCGUGGACAAUGUUUUCCAAACGCAAUUUGGGGCCCUCAAAUUGAUAAGUUUAGUUGGAAAGGAGUACGGAUCGAAGGUAAAAUUGACAAAGGGGUGGGCGUAUGUUUUACAACCGAGCCCGGAACUGUGGACCCUCACCCUUCCUCAUAGAACGCAAAUUAUCUACACAGCGGACAUCAGUAUGAUUGUGUACCAGCUGGAAAUUAAACCAGGAAGUGUAGUGAUCGAAUCAGGAACUGGGAGCGGCUCCCUCUCACACUCCCUCAUUCGAGCUGUCAAGAGCACCGGACACUUGCACACCUUCGACUUCCACGAGGUGCGAGCCCAAAUGGCACGGGAGGAAUUCCAGCAGCACGGAAUUGGUGAUUUUGUGACAGUUUACCACAGAGAUGUGUGUACUAAUGGAUUCACGGAAGCACUCAAUGGGGCCGUCGAUGCUGUCUUUUUGGAUCUUCCAGCACCUUGGCUAGCGGUGCCGCAUGCUGUCAAAGCUUUCAAGAAUUCAGGUGGCAGAUUUUGCUCGUUCUCACCGUGCAUUGAGCAAUCACAGCGCUGCUGCGAGGCACUCGACACGCAUAAAUUUGCUGAAAUACAAACUAUGGAGAUCAUACAUAUGGAGAGUAUUGUGAAGACAAGGCAUAUUCCGGUGUUGGAGCUGGACUUUGUUAAACAUAAGGUAAGAGACUUUAUUGCUGUCUCCAUUACUUUUGCAACAUACCGUACAAAAAGGGAAUCCCCUUUGCUCAUUUGGACACUCUGUGCACACUCACAGCAUGUCGGCUGUUAUUGGGGAAAGAAUUUUGCUUUACAACAUAAACACUUUUGCUAUCAGAGAAAAUGAAAGUAUUUCCUUGUUAUUCUUUUUGAUAAUUAAAUAGUUUUGUCCCACAGUUCAAUAAUCAGCAUAGCACAGUAGAGGGUUGAAGGCCCUUGAUAACAAGAGCACAGCUAGAAAUCUAUACUAAGGAGUUUUGAUAAAAAUAUUAUCUCUUUUGACGUUCCUUUUUAAACGUUUAACGUUUACUCUGACGUUUAAUUUCUAAUAUUCAACGUUUAUCUUAUAAGGUUUGAUAUUCUAACUUGUGAUGUUUUAUGUCUAAUUUUUGAAGUUUAAUUUCUAACGUUUGACGUUUUUUUUUAACAUUUGACGUUUUUUUUGACAUUUGACGUUCAUGAUAACGCGUGACGUUUUAAGCCUAAUUUUUGAAAUUUAAUGUCUAGAGUUUGACUAUUAUAUUCUCACGUUUGAUAUUUUAGUCUAACUUUUUUUAAAGUUUUGUCUUUCGUUUGACAUUACUUUUUAAACAUUUUAAAGGUUAAGAAAAGGUAUUUUAUGUAAUUUUUAACCUGGAGCUAUUUAAACUUUUAGGGUAUUUAAAGACAUCCAAACACCCUCUUUAUAGCUAUGCCACUGCGGGUUAAUUUUCAUGAUUUUCAAAGUGGAUCACAUCGAUCAUAAAAGAUAUUUACAAUUCAACUUUCACAAAAAAGGGAAAUACAUCAAUAAACAAUAUUUAAUAAAUUAAGAAAAAA